AUGCAUUGGGGGAUUGAUAAUAAUGAUGAAUCGAUAGUUUGUCCACCAAUUGAAAGUCAUCAAAAUGCUAUAGUAAAAUGGUCAAAAAAUGGUAAGCCAUUAUCAAUAAGAAAUACAUCAAAAUUAUUAUUUAACCAUAGUAUUGAAUAUGAUGAAAAAUAUUAUUUAUUGACAAUAAAACGAAUGAAAAAACAAGAUGCUGGAACUUAUGUAUGUGAAAUGUCCGAUAAUAAAUCUAGCAUACAUCAUUUGGUAUUGUAUCAAUCUAAACCCAGUGUCACAGAAAACCAUUACAAUCGUGGUGACAAUAUAGAGUUACAAUGUUAUUCAACUACCAGCCGUGACAUUAAAUGGUACAAAGAUGGUGUAUUAAUAGCAAAAGAUAAGAAUCGAGAAAAAUAUACUUAUGGUGCGGGUACUAUAUUAUUAAACAAUAUAGAUAAAAAAGAUAAUGGUAUUUAUUCAUGUCAAUAUUUGGGUAAAAUUCAUAAUACAGAAAGAUUAAUUGUUGACGAUGCUUUGUUAACAUAUAAAAAUAUUGGUGAUGAUUUUGGCAUUGAAUGUGAAUUAGAACAUGAUAUAACAGCAAAAAGUGGUAAUGUUAUUUGGAUGAAAGAUGGAAAGUUAUUACCAACAUCAUAUAAACAAACAAAAUAUAUUUAUCAUCAACAAAUCUUAGUUGUUAAAAAUAUAUCACCAAAAGAUGCUGGAUUAUAUGCAUGUAAACAUUUAAAGAAGGUACAUCCAGUAGAAAAAUUAAUCGUCGAAAAAAAUAAAUCAUAA